CGCGGCGCGUGCCAGUGUACUGCAGUGUCUAGGCCCACCGGCAGUGCGCCCCGGCUCCGGACCACCGAGACCGCCGAGACUUGCAAGACCGCCAAGACCGCCACCACGCAGUCCAGCCAGGCCUGACACACUACCACCAUGGCGGCGUUAAUAUCAUCGGCGGUCAAGUACUACGACUUCCUGUUUUACGAGCUGGCGGACCCCAGGACGAACAGCAUGCCCUUGAUCGGCAACCCGUUCUACGGUCUCGCCAUCAUCGGCUUUUACCUCUACUUCGUCCUGAACCUCGGGCCGAGGCUCAUGAAGAACCGGGAGCCGUUUCAGCUCAAGCCCCUCCUCACCGUCUUCGACAUUUUCCAAAUAGUGUCUAGUCUUAUCAUUUUCUACAAGUGCCUUACCUUAGGCUGGGGUCCCGGAGGUCACUACAAACUGAUAUGCCAGCCCAUCGACUUCUCCGACGACCCACAUGCAGUGGAGAUCGCCUGGUACGUGUGGUUCUACAUGAUGCUCAAGUUCAUCGACCUGCUGGACACUGUCUUCAUUGUGCUGCGGAAGAACCAGCGGCAGGUGACGUUCCUGCACGUGUACCACCACACGGGCGUGGCCAUGAUGCUGUGGGGCGCCGCCAAGUACUUCCCGGGCGGCCACGGCACCCUGCUGGGACUCAUCAACUCCUUCGUGCACGCCAUCAUGUACAGCUACUACCUGCUCACCACUGUCGCCCCCGACUACAAGAAGAACAUCUGGUGGAAGGUGUACAUCACAAGAAUGCAGCUGGUCCAGUUCGUGAUCUUGGGCCUUCACGCCGUGUCCGUCCUCCUGUACCCCAACUGCGAGUACCAGUGCAAGUACGUGUACUCCGCCAUCAUGGUGCCGCAGAACUUCUUCAUGUUCAUGCUGUUCUACAACUUCUACAGAAAAGCGUACGGCGGCAAGAGGAAGGCGUCGUAGGGGUGGAGGCCCUGGACUAGAGACUAAGAGUAGGACCAGAUAGAUCUCAUACCUUGGCGACCUCGUCCCACAACGAAGGCACGUCCUGCGCGGCGUCCUCUUCGUUGCCAAAGAGGCUGCGUCUUUUAAAUCUGAGGUGUUGUUUUCAAUGAUGUGUUAUUCCUUCUCCACCUGAAGUAUUCGUUAUUAGGUUUUUUACGCGAGUGUUGUAAUCUAGUGUGUUUCUAUUUAUAAUCCUUCCCUGCGUCGACGGGGCUGUUCACUGUCACAGCAGUGUGGUUGCGCUUCAGUUUUCACGAUCACGAACACGUUAGAAAAAGACAUUAGAAAUUCAUAAUUUUUUUUAUGUAAACCUACGUUAAGGUAAAGCAAUGGGAAAGCCAUGUUCUUCUAUUUAUGCCUUGUGGUCAUCCCGGACCGAAUGCAGGUUCUUUAUUUUGUUACCUGCCAUUGUAUCGUUUCACUUCGUUUUCGAUAAGGAAAAGUGAAAACUACAAAACUGUUUGCGUGAGAUUGAUUGUGAUGAAUUAAAUUUCUGUUUAAGGAUAAA